UCUGUGUGUUGGGUUCUAUAAAUAUCCUACUUGCGCUUCUGGUGCCGGACUGUCAGAGUUUUCAUUUUUGACUAACUACUCUUCUUCUUCUCUCACUGUUUCUCUUCUUCUGUUUGGAUGAUGUUGCAGAAAUUUAAGGAUCUCUUGUGUAUUUGUAAACAUAAGAAACAGAAAUGGAUUGGGAGUAAUAACAAUAGCUCUGUUAAUAAUGAUGAUGGGAAGAUGAUGGUGAUGAGGAAGAAGAAAAUGAAGAUUAAGGGGUCUGUGAUAUUGAUGAAGAAGAAUGUAUUGGAUUUCAGUGAUUUCCAUGCUUCUUUGCUUGACAGAGUUCAAGAGUUAUUGGGUCAUGGCGUCUCUUUUCAACUCAUCACUAUUCCUUCUUCCUCUUCUAAAUCAUCAUCAUCAUCAUCAUCAUCACUAGUGUUUGCAGAGAACAAGGGGAAACCUGGUAAAGCCGCAUACUUAGAAGAGUGGGUUACGACAGCUACACCGUUAGCAGCUGGUGAGUCCAUGUUCAAGGUUACAUUUGAUUGGGAGGACGACGAAACUCAGGGGAUUCCAGGAGCUUUCAUUUUUAAGAAUUUUCAUCACAGUCAGUUCUACCUCAAAAGUCUUACCCUUGAAGAUGUUCCAGUUGUCGGUCGUAUCCAUUUUGUUUGCAAUUCUUGGGUUUACCCUACCCAUAGAUACAAGUAUGACCGUGUUUUCUUCGCAAACCAGACAUACCUUCCGCACAAUACGCCAGAGCCAUUACGUAAGUACAGACAAGAUGAGUUGAUAAAUCUUAGAGAAUAUGGAACAGGGGAGCUCAAGGAAUGGGACAGAGUUUAUGACUACGCAUUUUACAAUGACUUGGGUGAUCCUGACAAGGGUCCAAAAUAUGCACGUCCUGUUCUAGGAGGAUCCACUGAGUACCCUUACCCUCGAAGAGGAAAAACUGGUCGAGCACCUACAAAAACAGAUCCCAGCACAGAGAGCAGAUUACCAUUAAUCAUCAGUCUAGACAUUUAUGUUCCUCGAGACGAACGAUUCGGUCACUUGAAGAUGUCAGAUUUCCUUGCUUAUGCACUGAAAUCAUUAGUUCAGGUUUUGGUACCCGAGAUCAAAGCUUUGUGUGACAGCACUCCAAACGAAUUUGAUACAUUUCAAGACAUAUUUAACCUCUACGAGGGAGGAAUUCAACUACCCACAGGCCCACUAAGCAAAAUAAAGGAUGCCAUUCCUUUUGAGAUGCUUAAAGAACUCAUUCGUACAGACGGCGAAAACUUACUCAAAUUACCAUUACCUCAAGUAAUCAAAGAGGAUAAGUUCGCUUGGAGAACAGAUGAAGAAUUUGGCCGAGAAAUGCUGGCUGGAGUAAACCCUGUUGACAUUCGUCUUUUACAGGAGUUUCCACCAACUAGCAAGCUGGAUCCCAAACUAUACGGUAAUCAGACCAGUUCAAUAACCAGAGGACACAUUGAGAAAUAUCUAAAUGGAUUAACUGUAGAUGAGGCUAUCAGCAAAAACAAGCUAUUUAUAUUGAAUCAUCAUGACACAUUGAUGCCAUACCUGAACCGGAUAAAUACAACUUCGACCAAAAUGUAUGCCUCGAGAACACUCCUCUUCCUGAAAGAUGAUGGAACUCUAAAGCCUUUAGCAAUUGAGCUGAGCUUACCACACUCACAAGGAGAACAACAUGGUGCUGUUAGUAAAAUCUUCACACCAGCAGAAGAAGGUGUUGAGGGUUCAAUCUGGCAACUGGCAAAAGCUUAUGCAGCUGUGAAUGACUCUGGUGUUCAUCAACUCAUCAGCCACUGGUUAAACACACACGCAGCGAUCGAGCCAUUCGUUAUUGCAACAAACAGGCAAUUGAGCGUGCUUCACCCAAUUCACAAACUCCUACAUCCUCAUUUCCGAGACACGAUGAAUAUAAAUGCCCUGGCCAGACAGAUUCUCAUCAAUGCUGGUGGUGUUCUCGAGAACACAGUCUUUCCUGCAAAAUUCUCCAUGGAAAUGUCUUCUGCAGUUUACAAAAAUUGGGUUUUCACAGAUCAUGCACUCCCGAAGGAUCUAAUGAAGAGAGGGAUUGCAGUUCCAGACACAAACUCACCUCAUGGACUGCGCCUACUGAUCGAAGACUAUCCGUAUGCUGUUGACGGACUUGAAAUUUGGUCAGCAAUCGAGAAAUGGGUCCAUGACUAUUGCACUUACUACUAUCCCAAUGAUGGCUUGAUCCAAGGUGAUACGGAGCUCCAAGCAUGGUGGUCAGAGAUCCGCAACGUAGGUCAUGGGGACAAAAAAAAUGAACCGUGGUGGCCCAAAAUGCAAACUUUAUCAGACCUAACUCAAUCAUGCACCAUCAUCAUAUGGGUCGCUUCAGCUCUUCAUGCAGCUGUUAAUUUUGGUCAGUAUCAAUAUGCGGGAUUCCUCCCAAACCGCCCAACCAUAAGCCGUCGCUUCAUGCCAGAGCCUGGCACUCCCGAGUAUGCUGAGCUUGAGAGAAACCCUGACUUGGCAUUUCUGAAAACAAUCACGAGUCAGCUUCAAACCUUACUUGGCAUAUCCCUGAUAGAGAUCUUGUCUAGGCAUUCUUCAGAUGAGGUUUAUCUAGGGCAGAGAGACACUCCUGAAUGGACAUCAGAUAAAGCACCACUUGAGGCGUUUAAGCAGUUUGGAGAUAAGCUGAUUGAAAUCGAAAACAGAAUAAUAGAGAUGAACGAAAAUAAGAUGUGGCGAAAUAGGUACGGGCCUGUUAAGGUGCCAUAUACCUUACUUUAUCCAAGUACUUCUGAUUAUAGCAGAGUUGGUGGACUCACUGGCCGGGGAAUUCCCAAUAGUGUAUCUCUCUAACAAGGAUAUGUUCAUAUGGGUGUUAUAGUUAUUUUACAGUAGUGGACAAUUGGCAUUACCCAAUACUUAUAUAGUAUCUGUGAAUUCUUUCUUGGCGUGUUAACAUAAAAUAAAUAUGUGUAUAGAUUCAAAUAUACUUCCUCUGAAUAUACCUUGUGAGUCGCCAUUGCUCAAUA